CCGUUCCGUUCCGUCGCUGCCUACGUGAAGACGCCCGGUGUGUGUGUGUGUGGUGAAGGUGUGGCGCAGGCGCAGGAGUGAAUGGGUGACGGAUGACGGAGAGCACCGAAAUCAUCCGAAAAAAAAAAUUGUGCGACACAUCCUACGCGUACGCGCCCGUCGUCUCCUUUCCUCCUGAAGGUGUCUUGAGGUGUUUUUUUGUUUUCUUUUCCUUCGACUUGGCUCCAGGCUCCAGGUGAAAUGUCACUCCAACGCUGAUCGCAGCGCAGUGUGAUCAGCAUUCCGUCUGGUCUGCCAUAGCGCCGCCACCACGCCGUUUGUCCUGUACUAUCAACGUCGUCUCGUUUCGUUGUCUGAGCGAUCGUCGAAGUCACUGAGCAGCAACUCUGUCGUCGGGACCGUGAUAAAGGUGUGUGUCUCGUUCGCUCGCUUGCUCGCUCGCUAGAUAAUAACGCAAACAGAGGCGCGUGAAGAUAGUGAUGAUUGCCGCGUGACCGCGUGGCAAUUGUGGUGCACAAAGAUCCUCUGCCUUUCCGCUGACCCUCGAUCCCACCGGAUCAGUUCGCUUACCGCGUUCGGUGAUCGUGGUUCGUGGAAGUGAAGUUCGAGAAACGCGUUGGCGAUCCGGGCGCGUUUCAAUGUUGGAUUAGAGAUCCCGACCAGACGACACACCAGACUUCGGCUGUAAAGAGCGCUGCGAUCAGCGAUCAACGGAUCGGUUAAAGCUCGCUCGCUCGCCCACCCAUCGCCAUCAUCGCCAUCAUCGUCAUCGAAUCGAUCUGUAAUGUCUCUGACAGCGCGGAACACUCGGUCACGAUAAAAUCAAUCGAAUGUGCCAAUAACCGGAUCCGGAUCCGAUUUCCCCAACCAUCCGCCCAAAAUGCGUCACAACAACAUCGAAUCGAUACGAGCACUGACGCACAACCAGCAACCAUCGAUGGAAGCGUCGAUGGCCGAUGCGAACAACAACAACAGCCAUGGCCACGCCAUCGGCUACUCACCACUGGCGGCCGAUGCCGCCGGUACGCUGGCAUCCGAGAUACGAAAGGACGAAAAGUAUUCACUCCGGCAACGCCAAUCCCGCCGCACAACGCUCGAUUCCCGCAACACCAAUCGGACAUCGGCGGCAUCGGCGACGGCAGCGGCGGCAGCAGCAGCAUCAACCGCAUCAUCGACAACAACCGGCACAUCAUCAACAGGAGCAUCGACAACGAAGGAGAAACCACCACCGAAAGAGAAACCGAAACCCAAAGCUGCACCCCUCAGCAAGUACCGUCGGAAAACGGCAAACGCUCGCGAACGGAGUCGAAUGCGUGAAAUAAACAGCGCAUUCGAGAACCUUCGCCGGGCCGUGCCACUGGCGGUGGCGGGGACGAGUGGUACCAGCUCACCGGUUAGCUCACCACAACAGUGUAGCAGCAGUGGCGGUGCUUCGUCGAGUGAAAAACUCACCAAAAUCACCACCCUUCGGAUGGCGAUGAAAUACAUCCGGAUACUGAGCGAUAUGUUGUCGAGCGAACGGCCAGCGUCCGGCGGUUACGACAACAACAACGAUCUGGACAUGAUCAACCACAACGAGAUCGAACGGGAGGUCAUGCAGAAGGGGUUGCUGCUGCGCGACGGUCUGCUGCACGGGUACGGAUCACCGGAUCUUUCUCCGGUUCGUCUACAGUACGAUCCUGCCGGCAGCAGCAGCAGCAGUAGCAACAGCGGCAGUACGACGACCACAACGGGGACGACAACCUCCGGACACUCCAGUGCGGCCAGUGGGAACAACUCGCGGAAACGAAGUGCAAGCAAAAAGAGUGCCACCGGUGGGAGUAAAGCGAAAAAGAGCGCACCAGCGAGCAGUACGCGUUCCUCCUCCCGGAAGCUCCCGGGCCGGGCUAGCAACAGUCAAGCGGUCAAACCGACGUUGACCUCGGGCGAAACACCGACGAGCUUGAUAACGAUUGACCCGGAUCCGACCAUUGACCCGGGUCCCGGUCUCGACACGACCGGUGAUCCACUCAGCAACCUGGACGUGGAUCUUGGUUCGGUGCUGGAGUCGGACAACGAUUCGCUGAUCCUCUCCGAACGGUGCCUCAGUCCGGGCGUAACGGCGGGACUGAAGGGACCGCACGGGUUUCCCGGUUGCCCCAACGCACCCAGCGACAGCACGGUGGUACCAAACGAUAACCUGGAGUUUGGUCUGUUCCUAGAGUCGGACGCGGACUCGCUGCAGCUGUCCGAACCCUGCCUGAGUCCGCUCAGCCAUCUCGAUGCGCUCAACCCGUUCAACGAGCUGCUGCACACGGGCUUCAACGAGCAGACGGCCCUCGAGCUGUAUCUAUGACCCCCGGACCUACGGUCGGCUGUGGGAGGGGGGGUGUUCAACGCUUUUGUCAAAUAUGUUUACCAGCUUCUUUCUCUCCACUCCUUUUCUGUUGUUGUUCUGUACACUAAACCCUGACGACUCUGGCGUCACGCGAAACGAAACGUCCCGAAAGUAAUUUAUUCUCAGCGUGUCAUAUUAGUUAAGACAAAGCGCCCGCAGCUGCACCACACCGCCGCGAGCAUCCUUCGUCCAGGCCACUCCCCGUGGUUAAAGGUGAUCGCGCGAGGUGUUGGUGUGCGGUGAGGCGCAGAGAGAGAGCAGAGAGAGAGAGAGAGAGCAUAAAGAAAACCCGCGUCGCGAAGUGCCAUUGUCCGAAAGGUCCACUGACGACUAUUCACGACCGUCGCACCGCUGAUUGAGUCGAUUACUCGAUCGUCCCUUUUCCGCACCGGUUACACUACCCCCUACCCCGCGCUCUCCUUCCACACAUUAAUCGCAUUAGCCGCGCGCACAAACACACAUAAACACACACGCGUUAUGUGUCACCGUGGGUGCGACCUGGCACGUUUAAAAGUUCGCGGUCCUCGCGGUGCUGGAUGUCACGACAAUUUUUGGAGGGGCACCCCUAGUUGGGCGUGCAAAUUCGCCAGUUCCGCUACAUUAGAACCGCGUCGAUGGUCAAUUUGUCACCGAGCGGUUCCCUUCCUUCGGCAGCGGUUUGCGCUGCUGUCAGGUGUCCGUGGCUGUAGUUGGAGCAUCUAUUGUCAUCUAUGGUAGCACCAGCAGCAGGUGGAGUCGGGUCUGCUUCGUACGCGCAUCACGUUCGGGCCACGGAAUAGUUGGAUAACUGCUGGGCGUGAAGGUGUGCUUCUGCUUCCGUAUUUUAAUGAUUGUUUUGCGCUAUGUUUUCUUUUUUUCUUCUGGAAAUUGAACUGGUUAAAUGGUUCCAUUGUGAACUGUUCCGCUCGCUAAUCUUAUUUCUUCUUUUUCAUCUUCU